AUGGCUCGUAUGAAGCAAACUACUCAUGGUGCGGAUUAUGAAAAUCCCCAUGUGGCACGCCAUGCCACUGCCGGGGAUGUCCAAGAGGUCCCGCCCCCUGAGGAAGAGCAGAGCCGCUCAGGGCUGUCAAGCCAUGAGUUUCAAUCAAGUUCUUCGACAAUUUCAUUCGCAAGUUGGUUGCCAAGCUUCUAUGAUGAGUUGAUUCUUUAUCUUGAGCAAGAGUGGAAGUGGUGUAUGGUUGCUUUUCCUGAGGAUUAUAAAACUCUUGUACCAAAGCUACUGAUCGAGACAAUGGCAACUAUUGGAGCAAGCUUUAUUCCACGUAUCAACCUUUCAAUUGGAGAAGUUGUUCCUGAAACAAGAGCUUUGGGAAAAGGUUUAUUAGAUAUUAUGUCUGGUGACAUGCCAAAGGGAAUUAAGAUUCAGAGGAAACAUUUGGAGGCAUUGAUUGAGUUACACAACGUGACACAGACUUUGGCUAGAAAUAUUCAGCAUUCCUUUUCAGAUUCUGAUCUUCGAGUUCUAAUGGAUACACUGAAGGCAGUGUACUCUCCCUUUGAAUCAUUUAAACAAAGGUAUGGACAGAUGGAGCGGGCCAUCCUUUCUUCUGAAAUUGCUGGGGUGGAUCUCAGGGGAGCUGUUACUCGUGGUGUGGGUGCCCAGGGGAUUGAACUCAGUGAAACAGUUCGCAGAAUGGAGGAAUCUAUUCCCCAUAUCAUUGUACUUCUUGAGGCAGCUGUAGAAAGGUGUAUCAACUUUACUGGUGGUUCUGAGGCAGAUGAACUAAUUCUUGCUCUUGAUGACAUAAUGUUUCAAUAUAUCUCUGCUUUACAAGAGACACUAAGAUCAUUAAGAGUGGUCUGUGGAGUAGACCAUGAUGGUUUUGAGAUGGCAACACUGCACGAUUGA